AUGGCCUCGAAAUUCUACGCUUUCAUCACUCAAAGAUCUUUCAACCCAGUCUACACUAUACAGCACAGUCUUUGCUUCCAUCAUUCUUCACAGAUCAGCGUCAUGACCGAGUCUACAUUGAAGCCUAGCACAAUUCAGCCGCAGCCGCGAUGUGGCGGGCAACAGAGCCAAGAUCCAGCCACCAAUGUCUCAGGCAGCUCUGACCGUGUUCUCCGGCCGGUCCAAGCUAGCGCAACUCAAAAUUCCCAAGUCCGUUCUGUUUCGGGCAACAGCAAUUCUGCAAUGGCCCGUUGGCUCGAAGAAGAGAAGACCGAAGCACCUUGGACACCUGAGACUCGCCACUGA